CCCGAGCAGGUACCGGCCGUGAGAGCCCGGCCCUGAGUGACCGCCCCACCCCGCCCCGCCCGCGCCGCCAUGUUCAACGGCCCCGCCGCCCUCGACCAGGGACCGAUUGUUGGAAUUGCAGUACUACAUAAACACCAAAUAUUAUUCACUUGCAUGUAAACAUUCUAGUUUGAAAUAUACAUAAGAAACUUACAGAAUGGAGGUGUUUUUGCAGAGUCCUAAGUGGCUUGUGUGAAUGGAUGUAAUAGGGGGCAUUUUGGACUGCUGCUACUUUAUUUUCAGUGUAGGAAACACUGUGAAACUAAAGAUCAAAGUCGCUGCACAAGUGAAGACAUCACAAGAGCCAAGUAAGAACUAUUUCCACACAAGGCAGCAUGGAGAUAAAUGAGUGAUGUCAAGCCAAAGCUAAUAAGCACUACUGAGAGGCAAAGCAUGUUAGCACUGUGUUGAACCCAAGUUAAUAUAUCAAGAUGGCUUCCAGAGCUGUUUUCAUCUUCCUUCAAAAAGCUGUGGGAUUUGCCAGCAGUGGACUGCCUCUUAUGGAAGCCACUUGUGCUGUAUGAGAAAACAGUAAAGAAAAUGAGCAUAGUUUGUAAGUGUCUUUACUGAUUGAGAAGCUAAAAUUAUUUUCUGCCUGUGAAACGUGGAAAAAUGUUCAAAAAUCAUUAUCAGGGUGGCCAGUUUGUUGAAAUAUUCAGUGCUCAAGGCAAGAACCCAGGAGCAAAAUGGAAGAUUUUUGGCAAUCCAUCAGCUAUAUGGAAAGAAUAUGACAAAGAACUAAAAGGCUUUGUUUUUGUACUUGAAGGAAGCAGUCAAGUCAACAAAAUGCAGCUACCAAAGGAAACUAGACAAACUUUGGGACUGAUCCAGCAAUUUCUGACCCUUCAGAUUUUUGUACCAUUGGGAAAACACUUUUCCACUGAGUUACUGAUAACCGAUUUAGGCAAUAUUAAAAGAAGAUUGUAUUUGUCAACAGUCCACAAGGAGUUGUCUGUAACCCCUCUGCAUGCAAAAAUUCCUCUGUUUAUGAUCAAGCGCAAAAUAUGGUGCAAUAUGUGUAUUGACUUGGCAGCAUUCACCAGUGAAAUAUUCAGAGGAGCUGUCUUCCAGUCUUUGGAUGGAAUUAUUAUUUCAGCUAACUGUAAGCUACGAAAGAUCUUCACUUUAAAAUCCAAGCCGCAAGAUACAGCUGAGGAAAAUGUUACGCGUGUUGUUCCACAUGAUCCCACACAUGUUAUUCCUCGAACCUGCCAGCUAAAUAGAGAUGUGCCACAAGUUACUCAACUGCUGAACCUAACAAAAAUUCACAAGCCAGAAAUAAAAUGUAGAGAAUAUCCAGUGCAAGAAACAGGUAGCUUGGUUAAUAGAGGACAAGGCAACAUACGCAGCAGUAAAACUCGAGAUGUAUCACAUAUUGCCUUUGGAUCAAAAAUCCUUGGGCCACCUCCAUCUUCAAACAGGAGAGUCAGUACAAAGGUACCUGGAGAGAAAAUAAUGUCUUUCAAGGUAACAAAGACCUCGGGUAUCAAAAGUAAUAGAUCAUGCCAACUUCAAAAUUCAGGACUGCCAGCUGAAUCCAUACAAGACAUUGAGAGAUUGGAGCUAUCAUUCUCAUCAUACAAUGAUUAUUUAGAUCAAGGAGGCAAAAGAAAUACUCACCAAACAACUGAAGAUACAUGUCAAAAUGACCCUGAAAUUCAGACUGAGAAAACAUCUGUGAGUGGAGAAGCAGAUUUUCAGCUCACCUCACCACAAGUACCAGCACCAGACAAGAACAGUCAUAAAAGAUUAUCUCUAAAAAAUGCAGCCAAAACCACAUGGGAGAUAACCAGUGAUGAAUGGGAAUUUCCAGGAAGUUUCACUGAGAGUAUUCGGUUGGAUAGGAGUGAGCAGUUCAUAGCUACUGAAGAUUCAGCCUGCCAUAAUUUAAACUCACCCCAGAAUGCCUCUGUUGAACAUCACAGCAGUGAAACAGGUGAUCAGCAAGUGAAUAAUAAAGAGAUUUUCACAUUUUCAUCAAGACCUCGAUCAGCUCCUCAUGGGAAGUCUCCAAAUAUGUCACCAGAACGUUAUGUUUUCCCUUUGGAUUUGGAGCCAGACAGUAACAGAGUACAUGAGAAAACACAAGAUAACUUCCAAGGAACUGACAGCAGUGAAGAGGAUGACAACAAUGAACUCAUCCAGGGUACUGGGAACCUUGAGAUCAGCCACUGUAGACAAGGAACAUCUGAUUCAGCAGUUUUUAAAGAGAUCCCAUUAAAAAAGCUGUCGUGGAAAACUGAAUACUGGAAGAAUAAGGAACACAGCAAACAUAACCUCGAUGAGACCAUCUUACCAAACCCACAGAGUUCCACUGUGAGAAAAACAGAUUCUACUAGCUCUCAGAGAAGCUUGAAGCCUAUCCUUUCUCUUUCUCCAACUCAAAGUAAAUCUAAAUUCUUUAAAGCAAUUAGAAAUGGAUCUGAAAAAACUGAAAGAUAUGAAGGAGUUUCUGAUCAAUUAGAAAGAUCCGUCAGUAAAAUGUCUCUCAAGAAAAUCUCAAAAGAAAAUUCUUGUCUGACAGCACAGACUUGUGAGUAUGGCUGGAGAAACUACAACUCAAACACGUUGAGUUCAUCUGAACUGCAGAUGCUGGCCAGCAUGAAGAGACAACAAAAUGAAGAAUUACGGGAUGCUGGGAUCUCACAUGGGCUGAGCACGUCACAGAUAGAUACCUGCAAUGUUAGCAUAAGUACAAGCAGUGAUGAUAAUACAGCAACCUGGAACUCCUGUUUUCCACCACCUGUCAGUCAGGAGCAUCACUAUCAGAGAGAAAUGAGCCCACUUUCUCAUUCCAACCCACGGGACUGGUCGAAUGUGUUCAGUCCCCCCAUCAUUCCUGGAAGCCAACAACUGGAAGACCACACUAAAUCUUCAAUAAAACAGAAUAUUCAAGGUGAAGAUGACUUCAAUGCUGAAGAAGAUGAGGAAGUUUUGACUCUUCUGUAUGAUCCAUGCCUGUACUGUUACUUUGAUCCAAAUUCUGGGAAGUACUAUGAAUUGGCAUAGUCAGAACAUGAGAGGAUCUCAUUUUAUAUUCAGAGUAUCUUUUAACUUCUUGCAAAACAUGACUGAGUAUAAUUUAUUACCUAACUUAAAACUUAAAUUAAACAAUAGUUUUGCAACCAAAUUAA